UCUCCGGAGCGGCGGCAGCGGAGCUGCGGCGGCGGCCCCGGAGCCCCGCGGGAGCGGCCCCGGAGCCCGCCUGGAGCGGCCUCGCCGCGCCCGAGGCAGCGGCCCCGCCGGCCCCGACCAUCGCGCCCGGAGGCACCGGCCGGACCCGAAGAUGAAAUCCUCCGACGUGGACCAGGAGCUGUUCACGGAGAGUUACUGCAAGGUGUGCAGUGCCCAGCUCAUCUCCGAGUCCCAGCGCGUGGCCCAUUACGAGAGCCGGAAGCAUGCCAGCAAAGUCCGCCUCUAUUACAUGCUUCACCCCGUCGACGGAGGCUGCCCGGCGAAAAAGCUCCGCUCAGAAAACGGCAGUGAUGGUGACUCAGUGGAUAAGAACAAAUGCUGCACACUAUGUAACAUGUCCUUUACCUCAGCAGUGGUGGCUGAAUCGCAUUACCAAGGGAAAAUCCAUGCCAAAAGGUUAAAAUUGUUGCUAGGGGAACAACCAGCAUUAAAGGCCACAGAAGCCGCCCUGGGCUCGCUGAAGGCGCCGCACACGGACAGUCCCCCGGCGGUGCCGUCCCCGCCGCAGCGCCGGGACUCGGACAGGUACUGCCAGCUCUGCACAGCCUGGUUCAACAACCCCCUGAUGGCACAGCAGCACUACGACGGCAAAAAGCACAAGAAGAACGCGGCCAGGGCUGACCUCCUGGAGCAGCUGGGCAAGACCCUGGACCUGGGGGAGCUGAGAGGCCUGAAGCGCAGCUACACCUGUAACCUCUGCAGCGUCACCCUGAACUCCAUAGAGCAGUACCACGCGCACCUGAAGGGCUCCAAACAUCAGACCAACCUGAAGAACCAGUAGUAGCUGGUCAGUGGGGACGAGGACAAGCACUGAUGCUGCUUCUGCAGAGAGGAGCGGGUCAGCAGAGAGGAGGCUUCCUUGGACAAUGAUCCCGUGUGGAUUCAAUAAUUAACAUGUAACUAACCUUCGCUUUGGACAAAUACAUGGAUUUUUUUUUUUAAUUUUGUGGUGAGUUAAAAUAUUUCGAUGGAUUUUUUUACCCUUUCAGGACAAUAUUUAUUCAGCACAGAGUCUAGAGUAUGAUAACUAUCCUGUAAAUACAGCACUUAUUCAUCAGUCAUCUUCAGGGACAGUGGAAACAAACUAUUUUACUUUUUCAUAUUUAUUCUUAGAUUUCUCCCAAGAGCAUAAGAUUAUUCUAUUACAUUAUCCAUGAUAGUGAUGUAAUCAGUCUUCAAUCAGAAAUAAAUACACUUUCUUCACCUUCUC